UUUAUAUUUUAUUCCGGGUAGUAUCCCUAUGUCUGCUUUAGAAUUUAGUAUUACUUUUAUCCAAUCAGAUUGGGUUUUACAGGCUUGUUGUGGCUCAUGGGAAAAUGAACCCGGAAUCAGAUGAUACAGGUCAUUCUGGUGGGGUCGCUGGGACUUCCGGUAUGACUCCCAGCACGAUCUCUGCUGCCACGCCCACUCAGGACAGAACGGCCGGUUUUCCCCUCACAGACUUUGUACAACAACUGGAGGAUUAUGUCCCCACAAUACCAGAUUCUGUAACUGCAUUUUACCUGAACCGUGCAGGUUUUGAAGCCUCGGAUCCGCGUGUAACACGACUCAUUUCAAUAGCAGCCCAGAAGUUUAUUUCCGAUAUUGCCAAUGAUGCCCUACAGCACUGUAAAAUGAAGGGAUCCGUUCAGUCGAAGAAUAAAGGAAAGGAUAAGAAACUAACGUUGUCAAUGGACGAUCUGACCCCAGCUUUAGCAGAAUACGGCAUCAACGUCAAAAAGCCAGCAUACUUCAUAUGAAUACUCUUGAGAUAUUGUGAUGAAUAAUUUAUAGAUAAUAGAGACAUUUUUCAUUUCAGUUCAUUUUCAUAUAAUAAUCAGUAAUCAUGUUUCAAAGGUUAUACUCAUAAUUUGUAUGCAGCCCAACAUAUCAAGAUUUCAUGAAAUAAAAUCUGGGUUGUUUGCUUUUCA